AUGGGUAGUCAGGAAUUGAGGCUGGAUAAUCUUCCGGAAUCCAUUGUUCUGGAGAUAUGCACCUACCUUGAUCUGGCUGCGCUUGUCGCGCUAGCUCAGGUCAACCGAGCCAUGCGUGUACUUUCGCGCUCGACGACGUCCUUUUGGGCAGCUGCUCUAUAUCAGUGCGGACUUGUGAUUCCUCUCACGGAACAAAGACCUGUCGAGACAUUUGAGCCAGUCGAGCUAGCACAAGCCGCGCAUCGGAUGACCUACAGAGAGGCCAAUUUUCAAUCACCUGUCCCUCAACUGCGUGGAUGGAAGAAGAUCCGGUGGCCGUUUGAACCCCUCAACGCAUCAGUGGCAGAGGCGGUCAAGCACAAUACCGAGACACCAGAGGGCGCACUGUACACCCAUUUGAUACACGAAUACGCUGAAUGGGCCUUUUUCAUCUCUUCUCUCAAUAUUCUUAGAACCGUUCAUCUCGGCUCGGGCAAACUGUCGCUAAUUUGGGAGAGAGACAAGUAUCACAAAACAGAAGAGGGUGCACGGAUAGCAUGGGCAAUUGAUUUGAUUGGCUCGAGUGAAGGGCUGAUGGUGAUGAAUUGCAUCCUUCGGAGAGAGAAGGGAAACACGUACGGAAUACGGCUACUCAAGUUUAACCUUGAUAUAAAGUCUGGAGAGGUCGGUAUCAAAGAGCUAGGAAGUUAUGUCACCGGCGGGUCGGCAACGCAUCUCGAUAUCUCUCGAAGAUACAUCUUCUUUGUCGUAGCUCUUCCAGGGGCGCAACACGACAACGUAGGCGAGAUAUCGAUGGUCAGGCUCAAGGACUUGCAUUAUCUUCAGCUACCUUCAAUCUAUCCCAGCAUCGAGCUUUCUAUUGCGGAAGAAUACUUCAUUUCCGUCGGUAUUUCACCAAAUCAGCAAAUAUGGGUGCAAAUAGCUGGUCUUCCUUCUCCGGAUGUCGAACCAAAAGAUUCGACCAUGCUGGACUCCCUCGAGUGGCUCCCUGUGCACUCGUAUCUCCUCCCUAUAGGAGGAGAUGACCUGGAUCAAAUGACCUGCCGGAUUGCUCAUUGGUACAUUGGCUCGAAGGGGACUGUGAACGUAUGGGCGUACCUCCCAUCUGAUGGGACGCGUUCCACCUUUACACUCGAAUUUGACAUAGAUGCCCUCAGAAGGCUGACGAAGCGGUAUCUAACUGGCCGGUACACAGAUGAGGAGCCAAUGCGAAAGCUCUUCGUGGUCGAGAAGGAUGCGUUCCGUGCCGUUGAGGAGACAACCAAGUCGUUUGUUGUGACGCCUAGCUUGUCUGGCAAGCGAUUCAUAUGGUGGAAGCGUGUCGACAACCCUUUCCCAAAUGACGACAAUCCCCUGUAUAUUGUCGAAAUGGACUCUCCAGUCGACGUGGGUGAAGGAGAGAGGGAGACAUUUCAACUGUACCUCUCAAUGGUAGAGGAGCUCGCGCCAGCUUCGCAAACCACGACGGAUGUGGACGAGGAGGAGCUCAAGGUUGACCGAUCCAAGCACUAUGACAACGGCUCCGCAACGUCGAUACGACUGAAGACAGAGAAGCGGCUGCAGAUACCUAGGGGACUGGCGUGUCGAGUCCCGGAUAUUCAGUUACUGCUCAUUUUCGAAUGGAGUGGCACUGUCUUGGUACAGCUUGUCUCGGGAGACAUUUGGGUACUACAAUAUGGGAAACAUUGA